UCACAGAUAACGUAUACACAGGAGUUACUAAAAUAAACAGAACACUAAAGACAAAACAUGGCCAUUAUUUUCUCCAUGUUACUAUUGAGCUUGGCAACAAUUGUCCUUGGACAUGGCCGCCUAACAGAUCCACCGUCACGGUCCACUGCUCACAGAUAUGGGUUCAACACACCGUUUAAUGAUAUGGACCAUCAGUUGAGUUGUGGAGGAUACUGGAAUCAAUGGGGAAUAAACAAUGGCCGUUGUGGUGUUUGCGGAGAUCCUUAUCAAGGUCCACGCGAAAAUGAGGCUGGCGGGAAAUAUGCGACAGGGACUAUUGUGCGUAGUUACAAGGAAGGCCAACAAAUAAACGUUGAAAUUGAAAUAACUGUUGCACACAAUGGUGGUUGGUCGGAAUUUCGAAUUUGUCCAAACAAUGAUGUAAAUAAAGCUGUCACGCAACAAUGUUUGGAUCAGUUUCUGCUGGCAACACCUAGCGGAGAAACACGAUAUAUACACCAGAAAACAACAGGAAGAUUUAACAUACCGCUUGUGCUUCCACCGGGUCUAACCUGCACUCAGUGUGUACUACAAUGGAAAUGGAACGCCGCAAGUCAUAACAACUGCGACCCUAUGACGUAUGAAUGUUGCAAAGGAUGUGGACCACAAGAACAGUUCUAUGGCUGCGCCGAUGUUUCAGUUGAGAAGUCCUCUAGCGGAACAUCUGGGUUUCACCCAAAAACGACCAAGAGUCCUUUCCGUCCAGUGUUUACCCGUAAUACUCAGCCAAAUGGUUUCAUUCCGAUCGAUAUUCGCAGUGGAUAGAACGGGGUUUUCGAUAAUUCAGUGCAGAUAUUUAUAUGGGCUUUCAAAUUAUUUUUAUUGAUAAUUGCUUAGCCAUUUUUACUCUUUCCUAUUUUAUAGAUUUUGCGCUGCCAUUUUUACUAUAUUUCAAUGUCUGUUUUCUAUUUUUUUAUGGAUAUCGCAUUGCCAUUUUUGCUGUUAGCUACUUUUAUAGAUAUUACAUUGCAUUAUCGACAUUUUUUCAAUGUCUUUUUUCUAUUUUAAUUGCGCUGCCAUUUAUACUUUAUUUCAAUAAUCACUGUUAUCUAUUUUAUAAAUAUUGCACUGACAUUUUGAAUUUAUUUCAAUGUGUGUUAUCUAUUUUUAUAAAUAGUGCUGUGUCAUCUUUACUUUCUGAGUAAUUACUUUUUGAAUGGAUAAGGCUACAUGAAGACGACUGCACGAAUAAAUUUCAGAAAACGUCAAAUUUAGUCACUUACGAGAACGGAAAUUUUGGUGAUAUCUUUUUCGGUUUAUUUUCUGUUAAUGGAGUUAAAAUUGUAUGAUUUGCAAUAUUUCACGACUUGCUUUUUUGUGUUUUGCUUUCAUUUGUUUUCUUUUUUUUUCUAUUUUUAUACUGUACAUUUAAUAAACGAUAUUGAAAAGAUAACAGUGUUUGUCUUAAAGUAUUUCUUGGGAAUUAUGUCAUACGGACUCUUCCAGAAGAAUCUCAUUUUAGUCGUAGGGUAGUGCAAUGUCUCUCA